AUGCCGCUGGCUCGGGUGCUGAAUUGGGAAGCUUCUGUGCUGCUUCACUUUGGAGUGUCCCUUCCUUCCGACUCCUUGCUUUCAGCAUCUCAGCAGCAGCAACAGCAGCAGCAGCAGCAGCAGCAGCAGCAACAGCCACAGCCGGAGCAGCAGAUUAUCAUGCCUGCGGUUUCUGGAGCAGGUAGAGGAAUGGAAGGGGCAUCAGGACAAGGAGAGGGACAAGAAGGGAGGGAAGCUUUGAUUGCUCAACCUGACAUUCGCAACAUGCACACUCCUCCCAUCUCCCUGGGGGUUCUGUUGGGAAGUCACCCAUCUAAGCCACAACAGCAGCAGCAGCAGCAGCAGCAGCAGCAGCAGCAGCAGCAGCAGCAGCAGCAGCAGCAGCAGCAGCAGCAGCAGCAGCAGCAGCAGCAGCAGCAGCAGCAGCAGCAGCAGCAGCAGCAGCAGCAGCAGCAGCAGCAGCAGCAGCAGCAUCAUCAGCAGCAACAACAGCAGCAACAGCAGCAGCACCAGCAACAACAGCAGCAACAACAACACCAGCUGCUCCCUUCCUCCACCCCUCCCUCCCUCGACGUCCUCUUUUCCACCUCACUCUCUCUCGUCCGCACACGUCUGCAUACCCUAGUGCUGCAUUCCUUGCACUGCCCCUCCUUCCUCAACGCGGCUGUUGGUCCCCACCUCACCUCUGCUCUCGCUAACCGUGCCUCUGUGCUCUCACCCGGUCAAGGCGCUCCUGUUUCCCCUGCUGCUCCUGCUGCUGGUGCUGCCACUGCUUCUGCAGCUGCUCCGUCUAGUGCUGCUGCUGCUGCUGCCGGUGAUGGUGUCACUGCUGUUCCUGCUGGUGCGGCUGGUGCUGGUGCUGAGACUGGAGGACGAGGGUUGAAAGAGAGUGGGGGGCAGCAGGAGAGGCAGAGCAGGAUAGAAAACCACUGGAAUUACACAAGAGAGGCAUGGGAAAAGGGGCAAGGAUGGAAGGAUCUAGGGAUGAAUCACAGGGACGAGAGGAGGAGGUGGAGGGGCAUGAGGGGGUGA